UUUGAUCAACUUUGCAAAUAGAAUCUUCAAUGAGGGUUGAAUCCUUUUGAGCGCAACUGUAUACGCUUUAUGAUAGUCUAAAUCAAACGUGCAAUAAAGACAGCAACAGGAAAACAUUUUAACGUUCAUGAGAACACUUUUUCAAUAGUGUUCUGUUUUGUGUUGACAACAUGCAUGCUGUAAUAUUUUUGGCACAUCCAAAUAUGUUGCUGAGAAGAUCCAAACAAAGCAACAGUCAAUGAACUUGUAGUUUUUGAAAGGACACACCGCUCUGUGCACUGUAGCCCAAGUCAAUAUUUCUCACAAGGAAGGCAUUAUUUGUCACUCCACCUUAAUAUCUCCGUCACCUCCUCCGUAUAAAAAAACAUCAUGUGGGCCAAUGGCAGUGGCAGCGUACAGAAGGCUAGUAUAUAUUGGGCCGUCCUCAAGACUUUUUGACUCCUUUCACGGCAGUACAAAGUGUACUACUGUGUGCACUGGUCUCCAGCAUGGCACGUCUGGGCCUCCCCGUCUUCUUCGUCCUGUGCUUCUCUCUGGUCCGGUCCAGCUCUGGACGCCCGCCUCGCAUCAGGAAGGCAACUGUUGCAGAGGAUGACGACGUGAAGGGGCAGCUUGAGAAGUUGUGGCGGGAGGUGAAUUCACUGAAAGAGAUGCAAGCCUUGCAGACAGUGUGCCUCCGUGGCAUCAAAGUUCACAGGAAGUGUUAUCUUACAAUUGAGGAACCCAAGCACUACCAUGAGGCAAAUGAAGACUGCAUUGCCCAGGGAGGUACCCUCGCAACGCCGCGAGAUGCUAUGGAGAACAAUGAACUGCGAGACUACGCCAAGAGGAGUUCUCCAGGCUCCAAGGACUUCUGGAUCGGUGUGGCCGACAUAGUGAAAGAAGGCCAGUAUGUUGACGUCAACAGCCAGCCCGUCAGCUACCUCAACUGGGAUCGCUCCAAGAAGCAGCCCACAGGAACCAAGAGGGAGAGCUGUGUCGCUCUUUCAGUGGCUGCGCAGGGGAAGUGGUACGACGAGGUGUGUCGCAGCUUGAAAAAGUACAUUUGUGAGUAUAUUAUUCCCUAAAGGUCACGGUGUUGGUGGCUUGCCGAGCUCCUAUGCAGAUCCAUGAAUGAAAGGUAAAGCAUCUCAUGUGACGGAAAAGGCAGAUUUGAAUAUCUGAUAUCAUUCUUAUAGUAAUGCCCAGCCAAACACACACAUCUUAACGUAUUCAAUUUAAGAUAAAUCAUUUGAAAAGUAAGAAGGGCACAAAAUGACAACAUAAGUGACUUUUUUUUUAUAUUGUUAACAUUAUUUUCUAAUUAUGACAGCCCUUCAUGCAGCCUAUUAGUGUUUAUCAAGUUUAUGAAGGUGUGCAGAAAGCUGACGUGACAAUAGCUGAUGCUGCUCAGGAUGAAAGCAAACCGAAUGCUCAUCACCAUCAAUUUGCAGUAUUUUUUAUCAAUCAAUUGGUCUGCAAAUGUUUAGUAAACAAAAAUGUAUUGCAUGGACAUUAAAUAUGUAUACAAAUUCACUUGCUCUGUAGUCUCUGUCUGCAUUUUUAAUAUUGUCCAUUGUAUUUACUUGAGCACAAAAAUGUCCUAAUCUACCGUCCGUAGUUUACAACAUCUAACUUCCGGGUUUGAAGUCGCGUUUUUUUUUGGGGGGGGUUGCUUUUAGCCAAGGAAACCCACAAAUAA